UCCAAUCACCGUCUUAAUCACACUACAACCGCCAUUGUUGCAGAAAUUCAAGAUCUAAUCUGCAAUCUGUUGAAUCUGGUUUACACAAUACAUAUCUAUUUCAAUCAGGAGUGAAUACACCCAAUUUCGAAUCAGGGUAACAUUUUCUUUGUUUUUGGUUUCAUCUUCAUCGCAUUCUUCCAAUUGAAACUUCCCAGAUCUCAUCUUCAUCUCCAAGAUUCAGUUUUUAUCUAGAAAAUCGUUGAUUGGAUAAUUGGGGUUUUAGACAAUUGGGGAUUUGAUCGAAUUAGGGAAAUGAAAGAUCUCAGUUCUUCAACAGAUCCAAUCGGGCAAAACGUGAUAAAGGUUAUAAGCAAUGUAGGAUUUUCAGUAUUCGUAUUCUCGGUGCUCAUAUUUACUGUAAUCGCCAUAACUUACCAACCCCCUGAUCCAUGGGAAUCCUCCAGAGCCCUAACUAGGGUUUUCACGGAGGUUGCGAAUGCCACUUUCCAGACCGAUACUUCGGUUGUCAGAACCGGAGAGGACGUCGGAAUGGUUGUUGUUAGCCCUGCGGCCGCCCCUGCGGCUGAGGCAGAUGCACCGAUCGCCCAAACGGACCCAUUGAUCGAGAAAUCGACUGAAAAUGUGAUGAAUCUGAGCAUGGCUUCUGGUGGUUGUGAUGAAUCAAGUCUGGUUAAUUGCUCGGAUCGGGGAGUUCUAAUGGCGAUCAAGAAGUUCAAUGUAAAACAUUUCAAGUCUGUAGUGUUUCUCGAGUACCAAAUGCCGGUGAACGGAUCAUCUCGAAACGAGUGCGAUGUAUCAUGGAGGUUUCGUAAUCGAAAAGAGAAAUCUUGGAGGAGAUAUAGAGAUUUUCGGAGGUUUAGAAUUGGGUAUGGCGAAGAUUGUAGUUACAAGGUUGUAGGGGCAAAGGGUUGGCAUUCGGGUAUCAAUGCAAAACGUCCGAGAAGUAGACCGAACGCCACGAGAAAAGGCGAGAAGGCUAAGAUCACUCCAUCAUUUCGUGAUGACGAGAUCAAUGACACGAUCCCGAUACUUGGAUCGGAUUCAGCUUUCAGGAACGGGAAAUAUUUGUAUUAUUCGCACGGAGGGGAUUACUGUAAGAACAUGAAUCAGUAUGUCUGGAGCUUCUUGUGUGCACUCGGUGAGGCCGAGUACUUGAAUCGAACAUUCGUGAUGGAUUUGAGCAUUUGCUUAGCUUCAAAGUAUACGUCGAGCAAUAAAGACGAAGAAGGAAAGGACUUCCGGUUCUAUUUCGAUUUCGAGCAUUUAAAGGAGACGGCUUCGAUCGUAGAGGAGGUAGAGUUUCUUAAAGAUUGGAAAAGAUGGGAGAAGAACCACAAGAAUAAAAUCCCGGUUAGAAAAGUCGCGACUUAUAAGGUCACGCCGAUGCAAUUAAAGAAAGAUAAGAGCACGAUCAUAUGGCGGCAAUUCGACAACCCCGAACCAGAAAACUACUGGUUCAGGGUUUGCGAAAGUGGAGCGGGAAACUACAUUCGAAGGCCAUGGCAUUCUUUAUGGAAAUCGAAGAGACUUAUGAACAUAGUUUCCGAGAUCAGCGGGCAAAUGGACUGGGAUUUCGAUGCUGUUCAUGUUGUUCGGGGAGAAAAAGCCCAGAACAAAGCAAUGUGGCCUCAUCUAGAUGAAGAUACGUCUCCUGAUGCCAUCGUUACGAAGCUUCAAGGCGUAAUUCAGCCAUGGAGGAAUCUAUACGUUGCCACAAACGAACCAUUUUAUAACUACUUCGACAGAUUAAGAUCGCAUUACAAGGUUCAUUUGCUCGACGAUUAUAAGGAUUUGUGGGGAAAUAAAAGCGAGUGGUAUAACGAAACUAAGGUUUUAAACAGUGGUCGGGCUAUUCCGUUUGACGGAUAUAUGCGAGUCGAGGUCGAUACUGAAGUGCUUUAUAGGGCAAAGACACGAGUAGAGACAUUCUACAACUUGACUAAAGACUGCAAGGACGGUAUUAAUUCCUGCUGAUCGGGUCAUAGAUAUCUUCUAUCGUUUGUAUAACAAGUCGAUA